AUGACAACUAGACACCAUACAUAUGCGCCGGAGACACCCAUAUCUACCGACCGAAGAUCGAACGAUUCAGCCGACAAAGAACGAUCGGGAGAUCAACCAUCUAACAUGAUGGAAGACAUGCGGGCAGGAUUACUCCGUCAAUUACGUGAGGAGAUGGCCCAGCAAUUACGAGAAGAAAUCAGGCGUGAAAUGCAUGCAGAGCAACAUCAGCCCUCUACACAGCAGCAACACCAAGAAACCAAUCGGGAUACCUCCUACGAGCGAAAUGCGGAGAUUAGACAACUAGAUCUUGUAUACCGUGAGCAGGAACAUAUCCGGAAAUUGGCCAAAUCAAAGUUUGGAACCAGAAAACCAACUACUUUGAAUGGAAGAGACAACUACACCACAUGGCGCGAUUCAAUUCAAAUGGAUGCCCAUAUGAUCGAGGCCAAGGAAAUCCUUGAUCAAACCAACCCACCAGACGGCAGCAACGAAAUUGAUAUUGCCAGAUGGCAGACAAAGAACGAGAUCCUACAUACAAGAAUUCUCCAAACAAUUGCAUCCCAUGUUCGAGAAACAAUCAGCUGGGAAGAUUCAACGCUAGCAGCCGAAAUAUGGGCUAGGAUUACAUCAACCUAUGGCCUAUCUGCAGCAGAGGAGCGAAUUAUGACUGUAAAAGCCCUAUUGGAUAUCAACCCUCAAGGCAACUAUCCAGCAAUGAUACGUGACUUUCAGCGAAUUGCAGCAAAGCUCCGCAGAAUGAAUCUAACAACCGAUGAUUUGAUUCACGAUAUUUUCAUUUGUUCCCUAGGUCAAUGGAACCAGAACUUCAUUCGUACAAAGCUAGAUGAGUUCUAUUCCAGCGGCCGAGGACCGAUCAAGAACCUGAACAUAGCAACUCUUGCAGAUCAACUAGUUGCUCGUGCACCUUCCUCAGCAUCAAGCAACAAAUAUGUUCCUCAGAAUCCUCAAGAAUUCAAGCUUGAGACAAAACUCCGAUUGAGCCCUACUGAAUUGAAAGAUUCUCCCCAAACGAAACGUGAUAGUCAGGAUCAAAGAUCUACACGUACAAAGACACGAUGUCAAGCAUGUGGUAAAGGAUACCAUAAGCCAGAUGACUGUUGGACACUUCAUCCAGAAAAGGCUCCCAAACGCCAUGAAAAUCCAACAUCAAAUGCAACCACAAGUGAUGAAAAGAAUCAAGCAAUCAGCAAGGAACUAGUUCUACGGAACAAUUCCCAAGCAAACUCGAUUAUUGUGACCCAGAUUAAGAAGCCUAAUGAACCUCAAUGGCUCUUAGAUACUGCUGCAGACUUUCACGUAUCAAAUCGAUAUGAUAUAUUCAGCAACCUCCAAGAAUACAAUGCAGCAAUCGAUGAUGCUGGUAGUCAUACACACCGGAUUGCCGGAAUCGGUACUAUAUCUGUCUAUGGUAUAGAGAUCUCUGAUGUUCGGUAUUCACCAACUAUGAAGGCGAACCUGCUAUCCUUCCGUCAGCUGGAUAAGCAGAAUUUUGACAUAUCUCUACUCGGUGCAGUCAAUGAGAAGUAUUUCCUUAUUAGAACACCUACAGGAGCGUCUCUCAGUGCUCACCCAGAGGAGAAUACAGACCUUUAUCAGGUCAAACCAAUUGCGUGCGCAGUGAAAUCAGAACACCGUACGAAAGAUGUGCAAAGGAAUGAUCAAAAAGAAGACAAUCCUGCUGCAUUACCUACAGCAACUAUGGAGGAAUGGCAUCGACGCCUAUCCCACAUCCAUUUUCGCGCGAUACUGAAACUUGCGCAACAGAAGAUCUUGAAGAUAAAAGGCCCAAAGACUUUAGCUUUCUGUGAUAUCUGCAGUCAAGCAAAACAGAAAAGACAGAGUACCAAGGACCCUGCUUCACGUGCCACAAAGAUCCUGGCACGAAUUCACAUUGAUAUCGCAGGUGGUGGCGCCACAUUAGAUUGCAAAGAUGAGGAAGCACCGCCAGGUAUCAAGAAUAUUCGCUAUUUUAUGCUGAUUACUGAUGAUGCCACUCGAUUCCGAUGGGUUUAUACUCUUCGUACAAAGGAUGAAGCUAUUCCUACCUUUCAAGGAUGGCUCAAGCACAUUAAGAAUCAAGGAUUUAACUCACCAGCUUUCGUCCGAAGUGAUCGCGAAUUCAUUACUGAAACAGUUAGAACGAUCUGCCAGACCUAUGGCAUUGUUUGGGAACCCACUACAGCCGAUUCUCCAUGGCAAGAUGGUGUAAGCGAGCGUGGAAUUCAAACGGUUCUGCAACGUACGCGUGCAACCCUAUACGAUUCUGGAUUACCACGUUGGCUCUGGCCACAAGCUCUACAGACUGCUGUCCAUCAUCUAAAUCGAACUUCCACGAGAGUCCCACUGUACAAUGACCGAAAGCCUAUGGCACCAAUAAGUGAUCCCAAUAUUCAACCAUGUACGCACAUUACGCCAUAUUCAGCUUGGACGAAUGGUACUGCUGAUAUCAAGCAUCUUACCAAGUUCGGUUCACCUGCUUGGAUGCACCUUCAUGGAGCUUCAAAGUCUGCAGGCAAGCCAACAAGCAAGCUUGAUCCUCGUGCAAAGAAAGUCCAUGUUGUUGGAUACCAAGGCUCCCACAUUUAUGUUGUCUGGGACCCUGAGAUCAAUCAGCUUCGCCAAACCAGCGACAUUUCGAUUAAUGAGGAAUUCAAACCUCUAUUACAGAGAUCUGAGACCAACGAACCUUCUAAGGUCUCAAACACCAGAGAAGACUUGCCCACAGAGGAUGUUACAGCUAUUACCUCUAGAGAUGUGUUUUAUCGACCAGCCAAAGGAUUUGCAAUCCUUAAAUCAAGUGAAUCACCUCUUCCCGAGCCAAAAUCGUACCGCGAGGCUAUCCAAGGCUCUGAAUCAAAGCAGUGGCUUGAAGCAAUGCAGGAGGAGGUUAACACCUUGAAAAGAAAACAUUGUUGGGACUUAAUUCGAAAGUCUGACAUGCCUGCUGGCACACGCGCCAUACCAGGCAGAUGGGUUUACAAGAAGAAACUCAAUCCUGAUGAUUCAAUUCGUUACAAAACACGAUGGGUUGUUAGGGGAAAUCUCCUUGAUAAAUCAACUUUUGAAGGGACAACAUACGCUCCAGUUAUUGAUCCUAUUACCUCUCGUAUCUUGCUUGCUGUCAGCGCCCAGAAAGGCUGGCAUAUCAUUCAAGCAGAUGCAGUUCUUGCAUUUCUGAAUGCAAAGCUAAAAGGUCAUCCAAUCUAUAUGCACCAACCGCUCGGAUUUACCGAAGGGGAACCAGGCACUCUAGUUUGUUCACUCCGUCAGUCCCUUUACGGCCUUACUCCGUCUGCACGCCUAUGGUAUGAUGAUCUACGAGCUUAUCUCGAAUCUAUUGGAUUCAAAGUUUCACCUCAUGACUCAGGUCUAUUCGUACAUGCUACAAAGAAGCUGUAUAUCACCACUCAUGUUGAUGACUUCAUGAUUAUUGGAGAAGAUGCUCAAGAUGCUACACAAGCACUUGAAGACCUGAAAUCUCGAUUUGAAAUUAAAGACGUGCCUGAAAUCAAACGAUAUCUAGGCAUGAAUGUUAAGUUAAUCCCUACGGGCAUCCAACUGUCACAGGAAGACACUAUCAAUGAAUUGAUUGAUUCUUUCGGGCUACACGAUGCUCACCCAACCAAGUCACCUCUUGAUCCUGGAACCGUCAUUGAUGAUUCUCCAGAUGUGACAAUCAACAUCAAGGAAUUUCAGCGCGGCACAGGCAGCCUGCAGUAUCUCGCUACAAAAACUAGGCCAGAUAUUAGUCGAGCAGCUUGCUUCCUUGCAGAAUUCAAUGCAGCACCUACAGCGAAAUGCUGGGCAGCCCUUAUGCAUGUAAUCAAGUAUCUAAAGGGCACGCGCACCCUCGGGAUCAAAUAUCAACAUAAUCCUACAGCUACAGCUGGCACAGGAACCCCAGAAGCUUACAGUGACUCUGAUUGGGGAGGUCCGCACACCAAAGCCCGCAAAUCAGUGGGUGGAUACGUUUUCAAGCUUGCAGGAGGACCAAUUGCCUGGCAAGCAAAACGUCAAACAUGUGUAGCAACUAGCUCUAACGAAGCUGAGUACAUUGCUGCAUCAGAAACUUCACGAGAAGCCUGUUGGAUCCGUGAAAUCAUGAAAGAUCUUCGAUUGUUCAACGAAUCACCUGCGCCUUGCAUUCCGAUGCAUAUGGAUAACAAAGGAGCUAUUGACCUCACUACCUCUGACAUGCAGACUAAAAGGUCAAAGCACAUUGAUAUUCGAUACCAUUACACGCGUGAUAUGAUUGAUCAAGGCAUCAUUCAAGUCAAGCAGAUCCCUACAGCCGAUAUGGUUGCAGAUGGCUGCACCAAGCCUCUGGGAUCUGAAGCCCACUCUCGUUUUGUUCAGCUACUUGGUCUUCAACGUGAAGACAAGUAA